AAAACAUUUCACAAAUAUGCGAAAUUGGAACAAUUUCCGUUAUCUGCAUGUGAACCCUUGAUAUAAAUACACGUAGAAACAUCUCAAAAAUCAUUCUCAAAACAUGAUCCAGCUCCAAGGCAUUGGGUCAAGAAGAGCUCAGAGAAAUCUUUCAAUGUCGUCUGAAAGCUGGGUGGAUACACUGAAUGGGAGAUGGACGCCCUUGCUAUUCCUUGUCCUGGGCAUAAUAGCAUUUUUUGUACCUUUGUGGUUUAGUCCUCUUGAAUGCAUGUUUCCGGCGGAAUUCUCAACCCAGGAGAUAGCAUACGGCAAGUCUCGAUGCUACGAAGCCACACGGAUAAGAAACUUUCCUCAUAGAGGCCUAAGCGAAAAUUUACAUUUUAAGCCUCCAGAAGUCACGACAGCAAAUAGGGACUCAGAAGGUCAAAGAACAUUGUACCAGUAUGUUUCAAUCAUUCUAAUAGUACAAGCUUUUUUUCUUCGUAUUCCGUUCAAUUUAUGGAAAUUGGGAGAGAAGCGAUUGGGUAUCCAUUUCAUUGUCGGUUCAGAGAAUCAGGGUGAAGGUAGUAAAUAUGUCGGAAAGAGGAUUGCUGCUUACCUAGAACAAUGGAUUAAAAAUCGAAAAGUAAACAUUUUGUCAAUCGGAGCAUUUACAUUUUUUCAUUUCUUCAUCAAAAUCCUUUACUUUGUCAGUGUAUGUGUACACUAUGGAUUGUUAGACAGCUUCCUGAAACAGGAGAAUGAAACCAGUUUUGGCUCUCAGCUCUUAGGAAAUAUCAGAGAAAACAACAUUUCUGUUUUCCAAACCUCACCAGUAUUUCCCCGCUAUGUUAUGUGUUCCUAUUCUAUACGCCGUCUUACAAAUAUAAUGGGAUAUACCGUGCAAUGUAAUCUGCCAUUGAAUCCGUACUUAGAGCUGAUAAUGGCGGUGGUCUGGUGGUGGUUAGUCUUCAGUAUUGCCGUCAUCGUCGCGGAUGGAGUAUUUUACCUAUUUGGUGCCUUAAUCCCUUAUUUCAGAAUCUGGUUUGUGGAAGCAAAUUUGAUGAAACGAGAACUAGAAAUUUCAACGCAAAUGCUGACAGAUCAACAGAUUUGGAAAUUUGCAAACAACACCCUCGGAGAAGAUGUCAUCGCAUUUCUUCAGCAGAUGCAGGCCAACAAUAAUGGUUGUGUCGUCAUGGAAACCGUUACUGAACUCUGGAAGAUCUAUCAUGGUGGUGUGCAGAGUUCACCAAUGGGGAAUCCCCUAUUGCCAGAAGCAUCGUGUCCCGGUCAAACGUUUCAAGCUUCGAGACCAGGCGUUGAACUACAACACAUAGAUCGGGGACCAGGAGUCCCUGAAGGCUACACAGCUCAAGGUCAAGUGACGGCACAGCAAUCAAUUUAUCCCGCUUACCCGGCUACUGUAUACAAAACAUGAAAUAAUAUAAAUAAACUUUAAAUGCUGUCGAA